UAUAUAUAUAUACCUUUUUUAAGUUCUUGGGUAAGUAUACUUCUUUUUCUUUGAGUUCUAAGUACAAGGAGUGGAGGAGAAACAAUUAAGGAUGUCUUCUAUGGAGGAAGGGAGAUCGCUCUCGGAAAAUGGUCAUCUACAGAAUGAAGGCAAUGGACUCUACACAGGAGAUGGCUCAGUUGACUUUAAAGGAAAGCCUGUUCUAAAAAGGAAUACUGGACUGUGGAAAGCAUGCCCCUUUGUUCUAGGUUUUGGAUGCUGUGAACGUUUGGCAUUCUUUGGGAUUGCUAGUAAUCUUGUUAAUUACCUUACCAACAGACUACACGAAGCAAAUGUUUCUGCUGCAAGAAAUGUUAACAAUUGGCAAGGCACUUGCUAUUUUACACCCCUCCUUGGUGGUGUUAUUGCCGAUACUUUCUUAGGGAGAUAUUGGACUAUUGGUGUGUUCUCCACAAUUUACUUAUUAGGGAUGUGUACUUUGACAAUUUCAGCAUCAGUUUCUGCAUUCAAGCCUGUGGAUUGUGUGGGUUCUAUAUGCCCUUCAGCUUCUCCACCUCAGUAUGCAGUAUUCUUCAUUGGACUCUAUCUUAUUGCACUAGGGACUGGAGGAGUCAAACCCUGUAUUUGGCCCUUUGGACCUGAUCAAUUUGAUGAUACCGACCCCAAGGAAAAGGCAAAGAAGGGACCCUUCUUCAACUGGUUUUACUUUUCUAACAACUUAGGCUCUCUUGUGGCAAGUAGUUUUCUGGUGUGGGUUCAUGACAAUGCUGGUUGGGGUAUAGGGUUUGGCAUUCCUGCAGCAUGUAUGGCCAUUGCUAUUGCAAGUUUCUUUUCAGGAACUCCCUUCUAUAGAUUUCAAAAGCCAGGGGGAAGCGCUCUAAAAAGAAUUUGCCAGGUUUUGGUUGCAUCCUUCCAUAAGUGGAAUCUGAAGGUCCCCAACGAUGCUAGUCUCCUGUAUGAAACACAAAACGAAAGCUCUGCAAUUAAAGGAAGUCGUAAACUGGAGCACAGUGAGGGACUGAAGUAA